GGCUCUCAUCUUAGGUGUGGAUUAGCCAAGCCGUCGCAGUUCCCAGCUGCUCAGCAAACGAAGGUGAGUCGACCGUGAACAACGACCCGUUCGCCCACCCGUAACUGUGUCCAGUAAAUAUGCAUUGACCAGUGAACAUCCCGUCUGGGUGACUUCUACAUAACUACUUCGCUUCAUGCACGCCGGUGACUUGUACAGUCCCGUUGAACGCUGACAAUGUCCGUCAAGAAAGUCCCGGAUGCUGCAGGAUGCACUUUGACCUUGCUGGACGUGGACGGGCGCAUGUUCCCCACCUUUCCUGCUGACGUCAUCAGGGGCGUCCCCAAUCUCAAGUUGAGAGACGACGAUAUUCUUAUAUCUGGCUACCCGAAAUCAGGCACCCAUUGGUUGUUUGAGGUGUCACGUGUUCUGUUGAGCGGGUCAUGUGACGUUGGAGGGAUGGAGAAAGAUGACUUGAUGAUCGAAAUGAAGUCACAUGAUCACCUGGCCAAAAUGGCGUCCCCCAGAAUAUUAAACACUCACGUCCAGUUCGACUCGUUACCCAAAGAGAUACAUCAGAAGAAGACCAAGAUAAUAUACCUGCUACGUAACCCUAAAGAUGCGGCGGUUUCAUUUUAUAACCACCAUCGCAAACUGGUGCAGUAUUACGACUAUCAUGGAAUAUUCAAGGAUUAUCUGCCCUUGUGGGUCGAAGGAAAAGUUGACUAUGGAUCGUGGUUUGAUUACGUCCGAAGCUGGCAAGAAGGGCUCACAAGGCACCCGGAUGUUCCGUCGAUCAGUGUGGUGUAUGAAGACAUGAAGGAAGAUGCCUUGUCCCAGAUACGAAGAAUAUCUCAAUUUCUGGGUUUGUCCCACGAUGACGCAUUCUUACGGAAAGUAGACGACUGGUGCUCCUUUAAGCGCAUGCGCGAACGGAAGGGGAAGCAUGACAUGACUUCUGACGGGCAACCAGUCAUGUAUCGCAAAGGAGAGGUGGGCGACUGGAAAAACUGGUUUACAGUGGCUGACAACGAGUGGUUUGAUCAAGUGUUCACAGAAAAGAUGACAGACUUGGAUCUGUCGCUCAGAUACACCAUAUGACGUAAAGGACAACUUUAAAACAGCAUUACACACACAUAUAUACUUACCCUUGACCCAUAAGCUUCAUUACGGAAGUGACGUAAUGACCUCCAUCCUCCAGCGACCCAGCUCAACACUUCUGUGACUGAUGACCUUAAACUCACGACCAAUCAAAAAUUAUGAUUCAUAACGAGUGUUAGGCAAAUUGUAUUAAAAUGGCGGCCUUUUUCGAGCGAACACUCGAUAUAUUUUAAAACAAUGCUUUUACUCAGAAUAACCUUCUAGCUGGACAAGAUGUUGGUACACGAAUACAAGUUGUAUAGUUACUUCCAUGUACAGAGUUCCUGUACCCAUUAUCGUGUAAUUUGAUUGGAUGACUAUUUGCGUCGUGACAUUCGAGCUGCACUCGAAAAGAAGCUGUAGUUGCGAAUGGGACCAAACCACCAUUUCACAAAUCCAUCUUAGCGAUACUGGCAGUGCAUAAUAAUGUAUGAACAUACACCCACGUGCUGACUGUCGGGAAGAAUGGGGUUGUUUACAUUAUAAAUUAUACUUUUGUACAUGUAUAGGUAGGACAUUAAUAAACAAGCAUAGUAUUUUAUAAGUUUGUUCUUUAAAGACACACUCGGCAAUAUUCAAAAGAGUGUUUGUGUGUCAGCUGUAUGUCAUCUGUAUGUCAUCCGUCAUCCAAGUGCUGAUAUGGAAUGAGCGACGUCGCAUACUUCUGGAUCUGAUUCCGAAUAAAUAACUGCAACUUGA